AGCCUUCCUGACGUCAUGCCUGUUUCCUCCCCCCUGUUAGAGGAGAGAGAGAGAGAGAGAGAGAGAGAGAGAGAGAGACAGCCUGUCCUCCCUGCUCCCCUGUCUCGGUCGGACAAGACGGUCCCGGAGCCUCCAGACUGGGAUUAUAGGAGUGAGAACAUGCGGGCUGCAGGGCACCAGCUAGCCGCAGUGCUGGCUCUGUUUGCCGCAGUGUGCGGGUCACACGCGGAGGUGAUCGAUGACAUCCUGAGCAGCCUCUCCAGGGGAGCAUCCUUCCUGGAGCGGCAACAUGAGCACAUCAACCUGGACGGGGUGGUCGGUUUCCUCAUGCUGCAGGCUGAACUGAAGGAAGCAGUUCGGACGUGGCCUCACACAGACACGGUCAGCUGGGCUCAGAGAACCUCCGCCGUCGCUCUGGUCAAGCGUCUGGACCAAAGCUUCGACAAGGCCGUCGCUGCCCUGCAGCAGAAUGACCCCAAAUACUACAGAGAGUUUGAGCCCCUGCUGUCGUGGAGCUUCUGGUUGAUUCCUCAGGAGUGGAGCUCCACAGACCCCAGCCUGGUCUAUCCCUCCUCCAUGACCACCGAGUGUUACGACGAGCAGCUCAGUGACAAGUGCCUGACCCUGCUGCUGGGAACCUGGAAGAUGAACGGGACGCCCUGCAUCGUCACGAAGCCCUGCCGGGACACCAUGACUCGUUUCGGUUGUCCACACUACUCUCUGUCCCACCAGCUGCUCUACUUCAUGAUCGGCAAAAUGAGAGGCUGCAGCAACCUGCUGAAAGGCGACACUCGAGAGUCCCGAGUCAACAUGACUGAACGGAGCUACGAGAAGAUUUUCUGCUCCAACAUGAUGAAGACCAACCAGGACAUCAUCAGAGACGGUCUGACCGAACAGACGGUGGACAUCUUCAUCGAGAACAUCCUGAUUUGUGGAUUGUCUGGUUUCUUCGACUUCUACAAAGCUGAUUGGCUGCAGCAUAUCCUCCGGCUGCAGGAUGAGGAAGUGGGCUGCUUUGGACGAGACAAGAGCAUCAUCUCUCAGAUCAUUGGAGACGAGCUGCUGGAACAGCUGCAGCCUCACAGGAGAGUGAAGAGGAGGGAGAAAAUACUUCCAGACGGCUGCUCCAGUCACAUGACGGCAGUGGCUGUCGGCGCUCUGGGCGGAUACCUGAACUACUACCUGGCAGAACAGGACAUAACGAAGAGGCCGCUCUCCUGAACUCCCAUCCUCACCCUUGUGCGUUCACACAAGCAAAACCGUAGAUCCGGUAGCUCUUCACAGCUGGAGAACGACUCUCAACACAAAAUGGAAGCAACACUUUUCCCUUUUCCACUUUUUGUUCAUUUAUCUUCGAUGAUUAUAAUGAGGAAAAUGCUUUAGACCCGAUGUGCUGAAUCUGACCUAAUGCUAUGUAUCUAAUUAAUCCCAAACUAGAUGUCCUUUUAAAAGUAGCGAUGCUCCAAUCCUACAGGAAGCAAUCUGAAUUCACAGUUCAGCAAACUGGCGUCCGAGGCAGCUCACGUUCCGGUCCACGUGGAGCUGGACACGGUGACUUCAGGCUGCUAGCUGAAGAAAUUAUAAUUUUUUUUCUAAAUGAAAUUUUGGAGGAUUUAGUUUAGAAUUUAUUGCACUUUCACUUUUCCAGAGUGAGCUGGCUUGUCAGAUUUUUCCUUUUGCCGCACAGUUUAAGCUUAACCAUUUUUCUGGGGAGUUAUGGGCGAAGGGAUUAGAGCUGUAACCCCGAUGCCGUCCCCUGGUUGGCUGUUAUUGUAUGAAUUUUAUGUCAAAACGUUUUAAUAUUUCUGGCUGCUCUGUGAGGAGAGAGACCUGUCCAGAAUUUAGUUUAGGCAAAUUGUGAUUUGUGACAUUGGGCUAUAGAAAUACAAUUUACUUGACUUAACAAGAUGUAAUGAAUUAAAGGAAAAUGAUUGUACUU